CAGUGUUGUGGUCACGUGGGCGUUUGUAGUUGCGGCGGCGGCGGCGCCCGCGGCUCUACUCUCCGGCGGGCUCUUUCAUCGCGCGGCCCGCCCGCCUUGCGGCACCCCACGCCCCCCUCCCUCCCCACGCCCUGCGCCGGGCCAUGCCGCUGGUGCGCUAUCGGAAGGUCGUGAUCCUGGGAUACCGCUCCGUGGGUAAAACAUCCCUUGCACACCAGUUCAUUGAUGGAGAGUUUCUGGAGUGUUACGAUCCUACUGUGGAAAGCACUUACAACAAAAUGUUGAUGCUGGGAAAGGAUGAAUUCCAUCUGCAACUAGUGGACACUGCCGGGCAGGAUGAAUACACGAUCUUGCCUCACUCAUUUACCAUUGGCAUUCAUGGCUACGUGCUGGUGUAUUCCGUUACAUCUCUCAAGAGUUUUCAAGUGGUAAAGUCUUUACACAGCAAGUUAUAUGAAAGCAGAGGAAAGACAAGGAUGCCGGUAGUGCUUGUUGGCAAUAAAGCUGAUCUGUCUCUAGAAAGCCGUCAGGUGAAGACUGAUGAAGGCCGGAAGCUUGCCGAUUCUUGGGGCGCCGUGUUCUUGGAAUCCUCGGCAAAAGAAAACCAGAUGACCCAAGGUGUCUUCACCAGGAUCAUUGAGGAAAUUGAUCGUGUGGACAACUCCUACGGUGAACAGCGCGGCUGCACCCUGAUGUGACGAUGCUCCUUUUCCCUGCCGGAAGCCGUUCUGCUGGUGGGAGGGGGGGUGUCGAGAGAGUCAGGCCAACUCAGGACAGGCAUCGCAGCUCCCCAGAGGCCCUGAAGAGCAGGUCUGGAAUAGCUUACGGGUAAUCCACACACACAAACACAGUAUACCUCAUUGCUCGUCCUCUAUACAAGACGGCUACCUUUUGCACAUUCGUUUGCUGGAAGCAAUCUGUGUAUGUAUAUGUGUAUAUGUAUAUGUAUAUAUAUAUAGAUAUGUAUUGCCAAAUGUUUACAGAACUGGGAGGGUGUGGGAGCACAACAGGAUCUAUUUAUGUUUUUUGACGGAGGAGCUCUUCUGUAUAUUUAUAACCGUUUAAUUAAUAGGCGCACAAGUUUACACACAUAGGUGUCUGUUCACUAGUAAGCGUAAAGGAUAGGCAGCUGAAUGUAA